AUGGAGUUCUUUAGAGGCAUCAGCGAUGCGACUAGAGGUAUCAAAUUGCCGGAAUCUCCGAGGCCCUUCGCUGGAUCCACGCUCGUCUUGCCUUCAGUGUCCGUGGGAAACGUAGGCAACGACCCCUACAGCGUUGGAGGCAGAGGAGCCGGAGGGAUGGGACUGAGUGCACCAGGCAGCUUGACAACUGCCAUGGAAGUCUAUCAUGCAGUGCCCAAGUCGCUGGCGACCUCUUCUCCUUCCACUGAUGCCUUCACCAUUAUACAGCAACGAUCGCCAGUGGCACUGGGCAGGAUGGAGGAAUUCUCUCGCAACCUAGCUACCUGGGCAGCCUCGCAGAGAUUCUCUCGAGUGGUGGUUCUUUCUGGCGCCGAUGCGCAGCGAAGGCUACCUCCUCAAAUUGAUGGGGACCAGUUUCGUUUUUUGCUGGUCGACUCGUCUCAGCCCCUGCCUGCCUCUUCUCCGUCAUCUUCCUCGCCUGACCCAUCUCAAUCUACAUCGUUCAACACGACUCUCCUUCACUCUCUUGGCUGGAAGCCUCUAGAGAGCUGCGAUCCUUUUGGUGGCCUUCCCUCUUCUUCCUCCUCCCUUCGUGCGAGUGCUGAUGGCCCCGGUACAAGCACAGGGGGGGAAGGGAAUGAAGGUCACAUGGAGCAGGAAGAGGCUGUUAUGGCAGGGGAAGAGGGUGAAGAGGAUCCGGGGCCAUUGAGGGGUGGUGAGUGGGGACCUGAGCAAGGAUUAAAGUGGAAAGCUGCCUUUCUCCGCAUCUGUAUUGCACUAAGGGAGGUGAACAUUCCCUCUAUUGCACUCUUGGUUUUUUGCUCCGAGGGAGACAAUGUGCCGGAUGCUUUUCACCUAGCAGAACGCCUCACUGCUCUUCUGCCGUCAUCCCUACUUCCAUCUUCUGCUCCACCAGUCACUGAGCUUUCUGAAGGCAUGGAUGGUAUGCAUUUUGACACGCCAAGUGUUCCCUUUGUCCACUGGCGUUCUACUCGCCGGAAUCUCCGGUUCUUCGCAUCUUUACUCACAAUGGCACCUGUCGCUGCUCGCGCCGCUGCCAGCCCAGCUCUUGCAGCAACCCCUGUUUCCCGCAACCGCCAAAGCCGGCCUUCUCCGCGCUGCUCUCUUAGGUGUCCCGGCGCCGGGAGCGGCGUUGAGCAUUCCCUCAGCGCGAAUCUACCGGCACCGCUGCGCCAGCGAUCGUUGGCGCAUACAAGCGCUGCAACGUCGAGGGGAUCGAUGACAGUGGUGGCAAUGGCGGAAUCAGCAAAAAAAGUGCCGAUACUGAUCAACGGCGCGCCGGGCAAGAUGGGGCGCGCAGUGGCGCAGUCCGCCAUUGCGGCGGGCGUGCCGAUCGUGCCGCUGGGGCUGACCGGCCCGGGGCUCCCCAAGGAGCGGCUGACGUACAAUGACGACGCGUCCGUGUACGUUGACGUGUUUCCCGCCGACGAGCGCGACGCGGUGCUGGCGGAGGCGCGCAAGGAUUACCCGGAUCUGAUUGUCGUGGAUUACACGCUGCCGGCCGCCGUUAACAGCAACGCGGAGUGGUACAUCGCGAACCGCGUGCCGUUCGUGAUGGGCACGACUGGCGGCGACCGCGCGAAGUUGGCGGCGGACGUGGAGGCGAGCAAGCUGUUCGCGGUGAUCGCGCCGCAGAUGGGCAAGCAGGUCGUCGCGUUCCUCGCCGCGCUCGAGACGCUCGCGGAGCAGUGCCCGGGCGCGUACGCCGGGUACAAGCUCAAGGUGGUGGAGUCGCACCAGUCGUCCAAGGUCGACACGUCAGGCACGGCUAAGGAGGCCGUCCGGUGCUUCCAGAAGCUCGGAGUCGAUUUUGACGUCAGCCAGAUCGAGAUGGUGCGCGAUCCGUCGGAGCAGAUGGCGCGCAUGGGCGUGCCUGAGAACUACCUCAACGGCCACGCCUUCCACACCUACCACCUCGACUCGCCCGAUAACACGGUGUCAUUUGAGUUCCAGCACAACGUGUGUGGGCGCAGCAUCUAUGCCGAUGGCGCCAUUGAUGCCGUGCUCUUCCUCGCCCAGAAGAUCAAGGAGGGAGACACCAGCAAGACACUUUUCAACAUGAUUGAUGUUCUCAAAGCCGGGAGCAUGCAAGCCGGUUUCUCUCCCACCCUUCACCACAAGGGUGAUCCGCGCGACGACAGUGGCACUGCUUCCGCCUCGACCGCCACCGUCGCGCCGCUUGUGACGACGGAUCCAGCAGCGGCCGCAGCAUCUCCGCCCGAUUCUCCUGCAUCGAACAUAGUCCCGGGAACGCCCGAACUUGCCGUGAGGGGAUCUCGCCGUGUUGGUAACCCGUCGCCGUCGUCGCCGCUCUCCAGCGUGAGCAGCAGCCGUCGGAUCCUCGCCAGCGAGUUCAUCACGGAAGAAGGCGCCGAAGCCGCCGCGGCCUUGGCGCCGACUGCCGCGGCGUCCAUCGCGGCUUCUAUCGCGGCCACGAAUUCUCCUGCUGCGUCCGCCGCGUCUGCCGCGCCUGUGCGUGUGCCGCGCCCGGUAGAGUCCAGCCUGGGAGACAGCCCUUGGGAAGACGUCUUACAGCCAGCACAACCAGUGCAGCGCGGAUCGUCCACGCAAGCCCUCUCACGAGCGCAGAAGGCUGCUGAGAAGCUGCCCAAGGAGGCCGCGGACGACGAGGGGGAAGAGGAAUCUUUCAAGCAGGCGGUGCUUGCGACCAGUGAAAACCGUACGGGCGUGAGAAAUACUCCAUUCAGCAGGUCUGCAGGCAGCUCGCCUGUCCAUCCCGCCUCCCUCCCCACCGCUGCUCCGGCUGCUCCAACUGUUCCCGCUCCUGCGCUUUCUCCUGCUGCCCCAGCUUCUCCCAGUCGCAGCAGUGUGUCAGCCGCCCCUGCUGGUCAGUCAGAGCAGGAGCACCGCAAGAGGAGCCUGUCGUUCGGCCUGAGCCACAUCCGAUCUGCCGCUGCAGCUGCAGGAUCUAUUCUCACGCCCAGAGGUACCGCUAAGCCGAGUGGUAAGGACGCAGCAGCAGCAACAGCAGGAGGAGCAGUGGCAGUGCCGCCACAGUCCAGCACCGGUGCACAGUCCCCCGCAUCUGGGCAGUCAGGGCAGAUUGAAGAAGGAUCUGCGCUCAAGCAGCGUAAGGAGCAGGCAGCAGCAGCGGCAGGCGCCAUAGGGGGGGGAGAGCAGAAGACCAGCCGCAACAGCAGCAACAGCAGCAGCAGCAGCAACAGCAGUGCAUCGGCAACACCUGCUGCUGCUCUCCCCCCUGUGGCUUCCCGGCGGCACGAGAUGCUGGUGGACAUGCCGGUGCCGGGCCUGUCUGAUGUCGAUGUGCCCUUCCGCAGGUACUUCCAAGCUCCAGAAGACCAGCCCAGCAGCGGCGCGCUGCAGCAGGGCGCUCCACAGCAGCGGCGGAAGUCCCAGGAGGAGGAGGAGGAGGAGGACAGCUUUGUGCCAGUGGAGGCGCCGUUCGCGCAUGGUGCGUGGGCGAGUGGGUGUGCUGCGGAGAAGCUGUUUGGCGAUGAGAUGCACGUGCCGACCUGGCCCAGCACGCACCAUGAGCACCUGUAUGCGCCUGUGCACGAGGAUCGGCCUACGGGACCCAGCGCACAGCACGAGCAUGGACACGGCUUUCCACCCACGGGUGGUGGUGAAAGGAGGGGAGCGGCUGCUCCUGUUCCUGCUGCGGCUGCUACCGAUGCUGGUACGGGCAGCAGCCCUGGGAGUACCUACCACACUGCCGCGGCUGCUGCUGCUGCUGGAAGCCCUCCGAGUGCGUACGGCACACCUGCUGGCAGCAGGGAGGCGAAGUGGCGCAGGGAGAGCAGUGGCAGCAACAGCUCCUAUGUGGGCGGUGCUGGCAGCGGUGCUGCUGGUAGUGGGAGCGGUGCUGCUGGUAGUGGGAGCGGUGCUGCAGGUAGUGGCAGCGGUGGUGCUAAGAGAGGUGAUCGUGCUGGCGAGGCGGAUUUUGAGGCGCAUGGCGGCAGCAGGGCGAGGCAGGAAGCACGUGCUGUUGGGAGUGCUGGUGCACGUGGUGCUGCUGACUCCCCCUGGCUGCACGCCUGCCGCCUGCAUCUCUCCCACAAGCUCGGCUCAGGGGACUUUGGAGACACGUGGCAGGGCGUGCAUCCUGUGGCUGUGAAGGUCCUGCACUCCCUCCCCCGCAAUGCACUCUCUCUCUCUGCCCCGCACGCUGAACAACUCGCCUUGCCUGGGGCAGCAAGGGCAGCAGCGGCAGUGGGGAGUAAGGAGCGGCUGGAAAAGCUGGUGAUAGCGCUGAGAGGCUGUGAGGACGCUUUGGGAGGGCGCUUGCACCUGGCCGCGUGCAUGGAUAAGGUGGCAGUGGUGUCGCCGCUCUUUGACAAGUCCAUUGCUGACAUGAUGCACAAGCUGCCAGGAAACCGCCUGCCUUUCCACCUCUUUCUCAGGUACGGUGCAGCGGUGUGCAGAGCGGUGCAGCAGCUGCAUGAGCAGGGCGUGCUGGCUUUGAACCUACGCCCCUCCAACUUCCUCCUCCCCUCAUUUCACGAGGACGCUGUUUUCCUUGCUCCGCCUGGGCUCCCAUGGGCGCUUGCAGACAUGCAUGCGGACCCAUUCUCUCCAAUCCCGGAGCUGGCAGCAGCAGCUGGUGGAGCAAACGCGUCUCCUGUGCGGGCGGGAGUGCCGGCGUACAUGGCACCAGAGCAGUGGGCGGCAGCAGUGAACGGGCCCCUGGUGGAGGGCACUGACGCCUGGGGCUUUGCCUGCGCUGCCCUGCACAUGAUCUCAGCGCUACAGCAGCUGCCUCUGGAGCUGGAGGCGGUGCUGCUGCGCUGCUUCCACAGUGACCCGUUCAAGCGCCCCUCCUUCCGCACGCUGCUGCGUGCCUUCACCCGUCCGACGAGCCAGUACCUCCCAGGUGACUGGGUGCGUGUGCCUGCGUCUCCAUCCACUCCUCCGCACAAGCAGCCGCAGCAGCAGAGGGUGGGCGUGGUGGCGGCAGUGCGGGCGGGGGAGGCAGUGGUGGCAGUGCAGCUGUGUGACAAACGCCCUGGCGACCUCGUGGCUUACCCGUGCAAGAGCGUGCUGGGAAUAGUGGAGGAGCCUUUCCAAUGUGGUGACCGCGUGCGCAUCAAGAGGGGAGUAGGGAAUCCACGCUUUGGUUGGCGUGGAAACAGCAGGAGCAGUGAGGGUGUGGUAACCGUGGUAGACAGCAGCGAUGGUAUGCUGGGCGUGAGGGUGGAUCUCCCUUCUUCCUCCUCUUCGUCCUCUUCCUCUUCCUCCUCUUCCGCUUCCUCUCCCCCACCCUCUACCGCUCUGUGGCGUGUGGACCCUGCUGAAGCGGAGCGAGUGACUCAUGGCAUAGCAGUGGGGGACUGGGUGCAUGUCCUCGCACCAGAUGCAGUGGCCCUAAUCGCCUCUACCAGACUUGUCGCUGCUGCGCGCACUGCUGCCACCGCACGCUACGAGGAUACCUCAGGGGUCUUGCCGUUUUCCUACCCAUACAUGCUGGAGGAUGUGUCUCCAGAGGUUACCCCACCUCUGGGGGUGGUGAAACGGGUGGUGGGCGAGGCGGUGGAAAUAGCAAUGGCAGGUGGAGAGGGGGUGAUAGGGGGACUGGAACCUGGGAGAGGGGAUGUGAGGCGUGUGGAGGGGUACAGAGUGGGGCAGAUGGUGCAGCUGAGGGAGGGAGUUGUGCCGCUGUAUGGUUGGGCCUAUGUCUCGGACCUGGUUGAGGAGUGUGGUGCUGCCAAGAGGAAAGGGCGGAAGCGAGUCAAUGCUGCUCGCGUUGCGACUGUGCACCCGAAUGGGUUUCUGAUGGUGCAUCUGCCGGGGGAGCUGUGGCACUCGUCCCGCCACUGGCUUGUGCACCCUGACCAUGUGCGGCCAGUGGGGCUGCGCUCCUGCAAGGGCCUGCAGAACAAGUGGGAGUUACUUGGAGAAGUACACUGGUCCCUGCAGCCACUCUCCUUCAUCUCCUCUCUGCUUGUGAUGUACCUAGCAUCGCGCUCCAUCUCCAUCCCUUUCAUGCCUGCACUGCUGCAACCUGCUAAGGAAGAUGGUGCUGACGCUGAUGCUGCGGACCCAUCGAAUGGCCAUGCGCCACGUGGGGGUGCAAUCCCAAGCAUUGCUGUGCCAUAUGGAGAGGGGAAUGGAGGGUGGAAUCCAUUCGCUCCCAAGCCUGAGCCUACUUGGUUGCCGUCACCUCUAGCAAGGAUGCUGCCAGAAGCUGUUGGAGGGAGACGCAGGCGUGAUGUUCAGUAA